AUGGUAUCUGUUGGUAUCACCAUAUGCUAUAUACUACCCUAUGGAAUUUUUAAAUUCUUUAGAAGUAUCAGUCUUACCAUCUCAUAUAUAACGUUGAAAAUUGGAGCACCAAUAAUAGUCUUACGAAAUCCGCCUAAAUUAUGCAAUGGAACUCGAUUCUGUGUAAAGACAUUAAAGAAUAAUAUAAUUGAAGGUAUUAUAUUAACAGGAUGUGGAAAAGGAGAACAUGUUUAUAUCCCAAGAAUACCUCUUAAACCAAGUGAUACACCAUUUGAAUUUGAAAGAUUACAAUUUCCUCUUCCUGUAAAACUUGCCUUUUCUAUCACUAUUAACAAAUCUCAAGGACAAUCACUAAAAACUACAGGAGUUUAUCUUGAUACGGCACGAAUUAAAAACAAAAUAUCAGUCAGAAAAUUCAAAAGAAAUGGAAAUGAAACUAAAAUCUUCAAUUUAGAUAUUAUAGAUAAUAGCGGAGAAAUAAGAUGCGCUAUAUUCGGUGAUAAUGUUGGAAAAUUGUAUGAUAUUUUUCAGAUAUCAUUAACAUUAAGUUCGAACAACUAUUGUUAUUAUAAACCUGAAAUACCAGAACAAAAAGAUCUCGAAAAAUGGUAUAACACAAAAGGAAAUGAUAUCAACGAAAAUUAA